GACAACGAGAGCGACCAGGAAUGGUUUUUGUCGUCCUCUGCAUGGCUGGCAGCAUUGCAAGAAAUUAACCAGCGAAAUCUGAUCUGGCACAGGGGCAUUGCUGGUUUUCACUGGGACGUCAUGGUGCUUUUCCUGAGGCUUGUGGGGAUAGCAGCAGUUGGGGCUGCUGCAUGGAUAUUCAUGCGUCCUCGAACGCCAUUCCUGCCGCCCACCCCUAUUGAAAAGAAGCGCCGAGUCUCUCUGACUGGCCCUGGGGAAGAAGACGUGUUAGAGGACCUGCCGCCUGUGAAGGAGCCUGAGAAGACUGACAGACCACACGUUGCUGCAAGGCCUUCCAAAGCUGCGGGCAGUGCUACAAUGAGGGCGUCAGCCUUGUACACAGUAACUGAGAAUGAGCGCGUGGUGCAUGAGCUGCUUUUGUAUGGCAAUGAGGCUCUGCGCACGUCGGACCUUGCAGAUGACAGCAGUCUCGCAGAUCGUGAUGCCGUGGCCAGGGAUGUGCAGAGGGUGGCUGAGCGCUCGUUCUGGGAUGCGCUGGAGGAUGGGCUGCGCGCGACGCCGCCGCAGUGGGAGCGGCUGGUGGUGCUGCUGGGGGAGGCGCGCGAGGCGCUGGCGGACAUCAUCCCCGAAGCCUCCCAGGAGGGCCGCCGCCUGCGCGGCAGCCUCGCUGAGAAGCUCGACGUGGACUUCAUCCGGACGCGGUUGCAUGCGGGCUAUGAUCCGGAGUACCUGCAGCAGCUGUUUGACUUCAUCGUCUACAUCCUCAGCAGCCUGGAGGCCCCGGCUCGCAGCGAGUCCACCAAGAAGGGCUAUGCGGAGGUGAUGAGCACCUUUGCUGCAGCAGCACAGCAGCAGUCACCUGCAGAACGCCGUAUCAGGGUCAGCCUGGAGACAUCAAGGUCUACCGAGGUGCCGGUGUCACUUGUGGCGCGCGAGGCAUGGCUGCCUGUGGAUAUGGCCUCAUCGCCCAAGCGGGCCAAUCCUCCACGUGGCCUCCCCCAUGCAUCCCCCAGCGGAGCCUCCGACGCCUCCGCCGAGGACUGGGUCGUCGCCAUGCACAGCGCUGACGACGCGUCCGGCAGCGCGGGCAGCACGCGGUCGGCCAGCCCGCCGGUGACGGUGGGGGCCCCGGUGGAAGAGGAGGAAGUGGAGGUGCGAUUCGGCAUCCCAGUCGACCGCGACAACGUCACCGUGCAGCUGCUGGCCAGCCCCUCGCGCAGCGCCACGCCCAAGCCGCCCGCCGUACCCCGGGACGACGCGCCGCCGCCGCCGCAGCCGCAGCCGGCCGCCGCCGGGGAUGGCGGCCGGGCCGCCGCGCUCGCCGGCGCUGCGCGCUUCGUCUUCGACAAGAUCGCGGAGCUGCGCGCCGACCUGGCCAAGGCGCGCCUGGAGAUGCUCAAAAGCAUCCUGCAGGGCACCUCUUCGGGCGUCCAGUACGAGCAGCGGCGCCUGACGGAGGCCGUGGGCGACAGCGACCCCGCUGAUGUGCUGCCCAACACCCGCGUCUGGCUGCAGAGCGGCUUCACAAAGGUGGCGCCAACCGGGCCGAUGACUGCGGAGGGCAGCACCAUGCGCGCGAUCUUGGCUGAGUCGCUGCUGGCGCUGAUCCAGCGGCCGGCGGCGAUCGCGCCGCGCGAGUGCCCCGAGACUCUCCUGCUGGACCUGCAGCGGCUGGUGGCAGCGCAGAAUGAGCUGCAGCGCCUGUCGCUCGUCGGCGCGUCCCUGCUGGUCGCACAGAUGCUGCUGGGCGCCAAGAACCUCGCGCCGUCGCCGGCCGUCACCCAGAACCGACAGUAUUAUGCGGAAGUGAAGGAGACGUUUGCAGCGCUGCUGGCAAAGGCGGAUGUGCGCAUGCCGCACCUGACGGCCGCCAUGGCCGACCUGCUGGCGCGACGCCUGGCGGGGGGUGAUGCCUCCGCCGCCGCCAAGCCGACUGCCGCAGACACCGACCUCGUCAGCCGCCUGCUCAUGCGAAUCUUCUCCGUCGACGAUGUCAUCUACAAGAAGGUGCAGCAGGGUGUGGUGGAGGCAACGCGCGAGCAGCUGAUCCGCCCCCCUCAGGACCGCGACAGCGCCGUGGCCGCCAAACUGCGCCUGGUCGGCGCCGAGCUCAUCCAGACAGAGGUGGUGACAGCAGCAAGCAUGCUGGAUCGUGUGCUGUCCCUCAACUUGUCAGUCGCUGCACCCUUCUACUUGCCCAUUGUCCGCGGCCUGCAGGCCCAGAGCUCCGCACUGCUGUCUACUUCUGGCAGCGAGUCAUAG